UGAAGCUAUCGGUAUCGGUUGACACACAUCGCUAGCGAAUAAAAAAGUUUGUGUGUUGUCUUAACCAUUUGCAUUUUUCAUUAAACUUCAAGGAUUUCGAGUUGUAAAUCGAUAUCCAGGCGUUAGGCUGCGAGGCGAAAAUAGUGCAGAGUGAAAAACGCAACCAAAUACAGUCCCGAGGAGGAAUAGUCGCCAACAAAACCAACAACAACGCACAUAUAGCUGCCCGUGUGCUUGUGUGUGUGCGUUGUAUGUGCGUUUUUUUUGUUUAUUUGGCCAAUUCGGUGGCCUACGUGAUUAAAAUAGGCGCAAGCGAACUAACAGUGAAAUGUUGGCUAAAACGAGCCGAGUGCCGUAAUUCGCAUUGAUAAUUGAUAGCCGUAAUCUGCGAGUGCGAGUGUGUUAGUGAGGGGGCGAAGGUGGGGCUAAGAAGAGCAGAGAGAGCAGUCAAGGUUAUAGUCGGUCGUCGCCUUCGGCUCUCUCCCACGAAAUGCAAUGAGCAGGGGUCGCGGAAAGGUCAGGGAGUCAGCUAGCGAUUCCAAUUCCCAUUCCGGAUCCAAAUCGGCCAUGGACCCGCCGCGCUGUUCCACUUGCGGCACUCAGCAGAACUUGCUGCGAUGCGCCAAGUGCAAGGCCGUCUACUACUGCUCCCCCGCCCACCAGCAUCUCGAUUGGCCCGACCACCGCACCGCGUGUCGCCUCCUGACCCGCCAAAAGGUCAACAGCAGCAGUAAUAACAACAAGCAGCAGCAGCAGCAGCGACAGCAGAUCCAGCAACUACAACAGGCGGUGGCAUCCGCCAAUCUGGAGAGCAAUGGCGCCGGCGCCAACUGCUCCACCGCCCAGAUGAUGACGCCUGCCCACCAGGCGCAGAGCUGGCCCUCCGAGGUGGACAACCUGCUGAAUCUCCUUGGCCAGCCGGGAAGCCAAGAAAAGGCUGCCACAGCGGAAACGGAAGUGGGUCAAAGACAGCAGCCGCACCAACACCACCAUAAUCACCAUCAUCAUCAUGGCGAAAAGAGCUCCAGCUAUCAAAUCGGAUUAGCGGAUGCCAGCUUCAUGGGAUCAGGAAGCGAGCGCCGCUAUGAGGAUCUGUGCCGGAACAUCAUCAGUGACAUGAACCAGUAUGGGUUGUCCGUGGUGGACGACUUCCUGGGCAUGGAGACGGGUCUGAAGAUCCUCAACGAGGUGCGAAGCAUGUACAACGCAGGGGCCUUCCACGAUGGCCAGGUGGUGACCAACCAGAUGCCCGAUGCCCCAUCUUUGGCGGCGCGCGGGGACAAGAUCCGAGGUGAUAAGAUCAAGUGGGUCGGUGGCAACGAGCCGGGCUGCAGCAGUGUCUGGUAUCUGACUAACCAGAUCGACUCGGUGGUGUAUCGAGUCAACACCAUGAAGGACAAUGGCAUUUUGGGCAACUAUCACAUCAGGGAGCGCACAAGGGCCAUGGUCGCCUGCUAUCCAGGAUCGGGGACACAUUAUGUCAUGCAUGUGGACAAUCCCAAAAAGGAUGGCCGUGUAAUAACGGCUAUUUACUACCUGAACAUCAACUGGGAUGCGCGGGAAAGUGGCGGCAUACUUCGAAUUCGACCGACGCCCGGAACAACAGUGGCGGACAUUGAGCCCAAGUUCGACCGUCUGAUAUUCUUCUGGUCGGACAUCCGAAAUCCCCACGAAGUGCAGCCCGCUCAUCGUACCCGCUAUGCCAUCACCGUCUGGUAUUUCGAUGCCAAGGAGCGCGAGGAGGCCCUGAAUAGAGCCAAACUGGAGAACAGCAAGACGAACAAUGUGGCUGCUCAGGCCCAUGCCCAGCAGGCAGAACCAGACUCAACCACCACCCCACCCGCCACAGCAGCAGCAUCCCCAUCAUCCUCAUCCAGUCUGCCGGCCAGCAUGUCUACGGGAACAGGAGCGUUGAAUGCCAAUGUGUCGAGUAAUUCCUGCGCCGCCAGCAGCGAAAUAUGCACGUAACCCAAGCUGGCAGCGCAGCUAAAGGGCAACCAAAAAGUGUAAAUUAUUUCUAACCAAACACACAUGUAUAAAGCUAGUUAAAACUAUUUAUAGCUCCGGACGGGCGGCAGCCCAAGCCCGAAUUGCGAAAGUGAAUCAAAGCUCCUUUAGUCGUUAAGCCUUCUAGUUUAUCUCUAAGUCGUAUCAUUAGUUAUUCUCGCAUUAACCAUUAGCGUACUGCCUUGUCAGCGUCCGAGUUGAUUGUUUAUUAAUUAUUAGUUCGUUGCAUCUUUGUCAGGACCUUUUGCCUAGCUCAUUCUUAGUUUUUGGCUGCCAAAGUAUUAUACCUAAAGAGAAGUUAACCAGCUUCCAUAACAUCGGCAACAGUCGCGACGCUCAUUGUAUCCUAUCUCAAAAUUAUUUAACAAGCCAGCGAAACGUAUGAAAAUGCGGUCGCCGGCUCCCACUCAAUUUGUCGACUCUCAUGCAUCUAGUUAAAAGUCUUUUGAUAUCGUUUACAUCUAAUAACAAGCGAAAAUAAAUUUGUGUCAGCAAUCUGUUCUCUUGUUAUUUUUAAAUCAUUAAAUAUGUAUAUUAUGGCAUAUCUACA